AUGGACAAGGCUCGCAUUGGCUUGGGCCAUGUUCGCGCAUGUUACGCGCGGCGGUUCCAGAAGGUCGGGCGUGCAAUUUGGGUUCGAAAAUUUCCUGCCGACGGGCCAUGGAGUCGGACCUGCGAUGUGCGCAUCUUGAUGGUCUCGACGCGGAAGGUCCGAGUCUUGAAGCCGUUGGUGGACAGACUGGUCACCAUGUUGCUGGAGGAUGACGCCGCGGCCGAUGGCCUUGCCGAUCCGGACCGUGCAUCAAGCUGGGCGGCCUGGCAGUGA